AUGCAAUAUUGGGUGGCAAAGAGCUUUUGGAAGAAUAAUAGAAUUGGGUAUUCGUAUUCCAAUUCGAUUGGUAGAUCGGGAGGACUUAUAACGUUGUGGAAUGAAGAGAAUGUGGAGGUGGUGUCUAGUUUCAAAGGGGAGGGUUAUCUCGGUAUCAAGAUCUUGAAGUCUAAUAAAGUUCAUUAUUUGGUUAAUAUCUACUCUUCUUGUGAUCUCUCAAAAAAAAGAAUUUUGUGGAGAAGGAUAUUGGAUUUGAAAGAAGCGCAUAAGGAUGGAGAAUGGAUAUUGGGGGGAGAUUUCAAUGCAACCAAGAAUCGUCAUGAAAGAAGAGGUAGGGGAGGGGUAAUUAAUUCUAAUUCUAAUUCUAUAGAGAUGAAUGAAUUUGUGGAUUUUAUAGAAGAAAGCAUGUUGGUGGAUAUCCCUUGCAAAGGUAAAAAGUACACUUGGUAUAGCGGGGAUGGAAAUUCUAUGAGUAGGAUAGAUAGGUUUCUUAUUUCGGAGAACACCGUUAACGAGUGGGGGGUGGUGGGGCAAUUUGUGGGUGACCGUGAUAUUUCCGAUCAUUGUCCUAUUUGGUUGGAAGUAGACAAAGAAAAUUGGGGUCCAAAACCUUUCAAAUUUAACAAUGAAUGGUUUUCUUCCGAUUCUUUUUAUUCUUUUAUCGAAAAGGAGUGGAAUGAUAUUAAGGUGUUCGGUAAGAUUGAUUUGGAGGUGGAGGAAGGUGCUCGAGAUAUUAAUCAUGGUGAUGAUAGGUUGGAAGUGGAAGCGGAAGAUCUUCAUCCCGAGAUUAUAAAAGAGAGAAAGGAAGCUACAAGUAGAUUUUGGUCAAGGUUGAGAAUUAGAGAGAACAUGAUUAUCCAAAAAUCUAGAUUGAGAUGGCUUAAGGAGGGGGAUGCUAAUAGUGGUUUUUUUCACAAGGUUAUGAAGGAGAAUAGAGGGCAUAAUCACAUUGGACCUAUAAAUUCUAGUAGAGGUGUGUUGGAUUCGGUGGAAGGAAUCAAAGAGGAAGUUGUUCAUCAUUUUUCUAGAAAAUUUGGUGGUCUUGACGUUGGUUCCAUUGCUCUUGACGGAAUUAAUUUUGAUAGGAUUAGUGAGGAUGAGAAGGAAAAAAAUAGAGAAAGCAUGUGGGUCUCUACCUUUGUUCAUGAAAGAAAUCAAGCCACUGGAAAAAAUUUGAAGGCAGUUAUUGUUGCUGCAACUGCAAGUGAAAAAACGCAGAGACAGCAACAACAAAAUCACGGUUCAGCAUCAUAG